AUGUUGAGGUUGUGCUUCAUCCUCCGGGCGGCAGCGUCAUCAUCAUCAUCAUCAUUAUCAUCGGCUUCGGCGUCGCGGGUUGACGUGAAGGGUAGUGAGUGUCAGAAGCAUCAGCAUGAGGCGUUCAUGCGGUUCUUGACGGCGAACAAAGCCAGCUUCGACGGGGUGGAUCUGCGGCCGAGUGUGGAGCAGAGCCGGGGUCUGUUUGCCACGCGGAAGUUUCGGGAGGGCACGACGGUGCUGUCGGUGCCGAUGCACACGUUUGCCAUCAACGCAGAGCGGCUGCUGGCCGGGGAGCGUCUGCGCGCGCUGCACCCCCCCUCACUGGAGGACGUCCAGCGACUCUUGACUGCACGCAGCAUCAAGGACCCUGUUCUGUGCGAGCAGGUGCACCUGGCACUCCUCGUUGCAGGGGAGCGCAUGGACCCAAGCUCAUUUUUCACCCCCUACUUUGACAUUCUGCCGUGCCCCGCCGUCAACGAUGAGGCGGUGAUGCGGCUGCACAAGGACGUGCUGGACCCUAUGCAGCUUGUGGAGUGGGAUGACCAUCAGCGGGAGUGGGUCAGCGUCUUCCGUACACUGGCACGCCGCUGGGGGGACAAGAGCCCACCCGUUGAAGUGUGCUACUGGGCGUGGCGGACGGUGCUGAGCCGCAUGCACCUGCUUCCGGACCAUGGUCUGGCUCCCGCAGAGGUGGGAUCCACGCUGAACUACUUUGCACUCUCCACCUUUGAACGGGCGGAGCGGCAGACGCGGUGGCGAAAGCGAAUUAGGGCCGCCAUUGGCGCUGUACUUGGCGACCCCAACGCUGCGGAGGACUACCGCCUCGUCCCAGCUCUUGUGCCGCUGUUGGACAUGACAAACCACUUGUCCUCCGGAAACGUGAGUGUAGAGGUGCAGCCCCGCCCAGUGGUCGGGAGCUGCGCGGAGUUGCAGGCCGUGCGGGUGAUUGAAGCCGGGGAGGAGAUUGGCUUGUGCUUCAACCGAUCACACAGGGCGCCCUUUACGCUUUAUCGCUUUGGGUUCCUUCCCGUAUGA